GACAUUUUUUCGUUUCUUAAACAAAUUGGUGUAGCUUUGUUUAAGCACGUCAUCUUUAAGAUAAUUUCAUUUAUUUACCUGUUAAUAACAUAAAUUCUUUUAGUUAUUAAAGGUAUAUUAAAUAAAAAUGAGUGCUUUAUUCAACUUCCAAAGUUUGCUAUCAGUGAUUCUUCUAUUGAUCUGCACCUGUGCCUAUUUACGAUCCCUAUUUCCUAGCAUCAUGGACCGCAAUAAAACUGGUUUACUUGGGGUCUUUUGGAAACUAGCGCGGAUAGGAGAAAGAAAGUCGCCUUACGUGGCUGCGGCAUGUGUUGUAAUGGCUCUAUCAAUUUUGUUUUGGACGUGAUACUAAAAGAUUAUUCGUAGAUUUGCUCUAUUUCUGGUUAGUAAUAAAGUUUAAUUUUUGUAAUUAUGUGGAAA